AUGUCUCUAUACGGUGACUUGCCUCCUCCAACCCAAAAUGGAACCUCUGAACAAGAAGAGAAGAAUGAGCUUUUAUCGCAGGCACAGGCUUCUGCCUCUUCUAAAGGUCAAACCAAAUCUGCUCUCCCAGCGGGUUGGGCUUCAGCUUCCCUGCGAUUUGUGCCACCUAUCCAAAGGAAACCUACUGUGCAAGCGAAACCUAAGCUUACGCCGCGAGCACCGGCAACUUCACCACCUGGGUCUGUGGCUGCUCAGACAGAUAAAGCAAGUUCUUCACCUGCUGCUGCUGUUCCUCGUGCUUCUUCCUCAAAAAAUAAGCAACAGCAACAACAACCUAAUCUGCUGGAAGACGUGAACCAGAGUAAAUUGAAUAUAAGGAGUAAUCGUGCUGCUGCACGAAAUUUAUUUGACAAAAAUAAGAAAGGUGUUAAGGGAGUAAGACAAGCGCCGUUAUCGCUGGAAGAUGACUAUGAUCCGACAAAACCAAACGAUUACGAAGAAUAUAAGGAACUUGAAAAACGUCGUAGAGAAGAGGAAGCUCUUAGUCAAGCAGAAAAACGAUUUCGUUCUCCAAGUUAUGACGGUGAAAAACGUGCCAGCCCUCGAUAUUUUCCGCCACCAUCUUUAUAUUCAUCUGAAUCAUCGCCGUCUUCUAAAACAAGUGAUUUAGUAGAAGAUACUGUUAUCGAACGUCAACCGCCUGCUCAUAUAGACUUAGACAUCUCUGGCGAGGAAGCAUUCUUACGAAGAGCGCGAUUGAGUAACCACAACAAUGUUGUAUCUCGGGAUGUAAUAUCUCCACGAAAAUCUCCUGAACAUCGUUCGACUUCUGGAUUAGGUUCUGAAGAUUUUGCUCAUCGUAUGCUUGCUAAAUAUGGGUGGCAGGAAGGACAAGGACUUGGAAAGAGUGAGCAAGGAAUUAGUGAGCCAUUGAUGGUACAGAAAACGGAUUAUCGAUCGGGUAAAACCGAAGGUAUGAACAUCUCCAAUAUUGGAAACUAUUCUAAAAAUUAUCAAACAAAAGAAGAACUUUCUCGGGUUAUAUUGUUGACAAAUAUGGUUGGUCCGGGAGAAGUAGAUGAUACUCUUCAGGAAGAAACUGCAGACGAAUGUAACGAAAAAUAUGGAACAGUUGAACGUUGUUUAAUAUUUGAGGUGCCUCAUGGAAAGCUUCCUGACGACGAAGCAGUGAGGAUUUUUGUUAAAUUUGUUGAACAGGAAGCAGCAACUAAAGCCAAAAUGGACCUUAAUGGCCGAUUUUUUGGUGGUCGUGCUGUUACUGCACGGUUUUUCGAUCAAUCAAGAUUCGAUAAAUUAGAUUUGGCCCCAUCGGCAGCUGAAUUACAAAAAGCGCGACAACGUGAUAAUAUUGGCGAAUUGAAAUAA